AUGGUUUAUGGGGAGGGAACUCCUAAGGUAGUUAAGGGCGAUGAAAUGCAAUGUGACCCAUUGUCACUAAUGAAAAUGCCUCCUCCUUUCCGUCAAAGACUAAAGAAAAAAGAGGAAAAUAUCAUAUUCAAGAAGUUCCUCACCAAGCUUAGCAAUCUUCCAAUCAAUAUCCCAUUGCUAGAAGCCAUUCAACAAAUUCCGGGAUAUGCUAAGAUAAUGAAAACAUUGAUGUCUAAAAAGUGUGUUGUGGAUGGUGAAAUCGUUGAAGUUACCCAUGGUAGUAGUGCUAUCAUGACUAGUGCUAUGGUGGAAAAGAAAAAAGACCCAGGAGCUUUCACAAUCCCUUACACCAUUAGGACACACAAAUUUGAUAAAGGCUUGUGUGAACUUGGUGCAAGCAUCAAUCUCAUGCCAUAUGCAAUUUACCAAAAUCUUGGUUUAGGCAUCCCUACUCCUAUAACAAUGGGAUUCUUGAUAGCAGAUUGCCUAAUCAAGAAACUAGUUGGAGUUUUGAAUGAUGUCUUGGUCAUGGUGGAUCAUUUCAUUUUGUCAACAAACUUUGUGGUCCUAGAUUGUGGAAUUGACCAAGAAAUAUCCUUCAUCCUUGGGAUGCCCUUUUUUGAAACCAGGAGAGUAAUUGUUUAUAUGGAAUAA